AUGCCGACGUCCAAGCAGCAAAGUUGCCGAAUACAGAGAACCCACCGUAGCCAACAAAAUGCUCUGAACCAGAACAAUUUCGACCUGAAGUCCCUCCGAUGGAAGAUAUCUCAAACAAAGGCGACGUGGCUACACAAAAACCCGCGACUUGAAACACCCACAAAAGGCCCACGCUCUCUCUCUCAGUAUCCGAUUCCCCUCACUCGCGGUAAGCCAAAUGUCAACCCUCACCGCCUCGUACCGCAUCUCGCCGGUCCUCUCCGCGCGUCCGCGCUUCCGGAAGAACCCUCGACGGACCCUCGUCUGACCAAAGUCGUCCUUCCGAAGAAGAAGACAGCCGAGAAAUGGUCGACCGGCGUACGCUCCGGCCGGAGUAUCGCGGCCCUGCCGACAUCGACGAAGCUGAGGAAGUACUGGGGAGGUCGAGGGGACGAGGAUCCCGUCACCGCCACCGACGAUUUUAUUUGGAAUAAGGAGUUUAUGGAUCGGAUGAAGAAAUUGAUUACAGACGAUCAGGCCUCGACGAAUCCCAUUUCGUCAUUGAUGAAGAAGGAGGAUACGAGCUCGGGGUUCUUGAGCUUGAAUAGAUCAAUGAGCCUUGACAGUCUUGACAUUGAUCUGAGUAAGGAGCUGAAGGCGCCGCCAAAGCCGGUGUUGGAGCAGCAAGUGGAGGCUGCAAGGCGCGGGCUUUCUGUUUCUCAAAGUUCUGAGGGGGUUUCGUCACCAAGAUGGAGGCUGGUGCCCACUCGGCGGGAGCAAGCUAAAUGGGACCGGGCAAACAGGGCUGCCACUGGGGGUACCGAUGUAAUGCUACGAGAAUCAAAACGACCUCCUGGGGAUCCCAAAGUAUUUGCAGCUCAAGCAAGAGAGGAUUACUUCAAGCUGAAGAAUAGGCUGCAGCUACUCACUUUGGGGAUUGGCGGCGUUGGUGUAGUAUCGGCAUAUGUUUCAUACACGCCUGAAAUUGCGGCUAGCUUCGGUGCAGGAUUGCUUGGUUCGCUUGUGUACAUACGCAUGCUUGGUAAUACUGUGGAUUCCAUGGCAGAUGGGGCUAGAGGUCUAAUGAAGGGAGCAGCUGGACAACCAAGGCUUCUGGUUCCUGUCGUUCUUGUGAUGUUGUAUAAUCGAUGGAAUGGGAUAUUGGUUCCAGAUUAUGGCUUCAUGCACCUUGAGUUGAUACCAAUGCUGGUAGGAUUUUUCACCUACAAGAUUGCGACUUUUACGCAAGCUAUUCAAGAAGCUGUAGUUGUAGUUGACAAGAAAACAGAAGCUUGAACGUUAGCCCUCAUAAUCGGCAUCUUCUGCAUUUGCAUUUCCCCGAUUUCUUCUCAAGAAUGAUUGGUGGGGGGGCUACAGAAAUAACAUGUUGCUGAUUGCAUGAGGAGCAGAAGAAAUGGUGCAAGGAGUUGUUGACAAGUUUACUGAAUAACGGUGUCAUAUGUUUCAUGAGGUGUAUUAUGCUGAAAAUCAAGAAGAAUCACAUUCUUUUGUCUAUUCACAGUGUAUCAAAAUGGACUCUCGAGUACAGAGAAUCAAUUCAAAUUGAGUCCUGCUUAUCUGGACCAGUUCUAGAGA